CAAAACUACAGGAUCGAUUGCAGUAUGGUUUGGCCAAGCCACGUAUAUAAGGCGAAGCUCGUAUAAGUUGAUAACGAUUUGGCAGAAACAUGGAAUCAAAAAACAAUCGAUACAUCGAGCAAAGCGCUGGACAUCAGAUGGUGAAAGAUGACAAUUUUUGUGAUAUGCCAAUAAUUGCUGAUGGAAGACUUACCAGAUGUAGACUUGGCGAUUUCUUGAAACAGGAUAUCACAAAUCCUGUCGUUCUUGCAAUGUAUCCUACCUCUGCGUUGAAUACAAACUAUCCUUUGAAAAAUCUCAAGAAGUACCAAAAGAUGGAGUACCCGUCUAACUCAUUUGAUACGGCUGCUGUCUCGGUAAUGAGGAUUAUUGCAACGAUCGGCUCUGGGGUUCCUGUUUUAGCGUUUGAAAUCCCUAAGAAUCUGAAUUCCCUGGAGGCACACUGGAGAAGGUGGAUGCCCUAUUAUGAAGAAUGUACGGAUAUCAGGAUUCUAAAUCAUGAAAAUCUUGCUAAGAUUGAUGAUGGCUCGUUAUUUACCUUAUUCCCAUGUGAACAAAUCCCAGCUCAGAAGCACGCGAUUAAUCCUGAUACAUUCUACGAAAUUUACUCUAAGACCUUUAUCCCAAAAAUCAAAAUCAAACAACCAAGAGACAUGACGAAAAAAGAAGCAAAUGCUCCAUGUGUGAUUAAAAUUCCAAUCGCCGGUGGUUCUGAGGGUGUAAAGAUAGCGACAACCGACCAAGAAAUUCUUGAAUAUGAAGAAUGGGUUAAGAAAGUGGGUUGGACAGGAGACCUGGUCUAUCAAGAACUUUUGACUGAUGUAAUAGCUGAUCGAGGAGUCCAGGUAUACAUCCAUAAAGAUGGCUCCGUCAAACUUGGAGGUUUCAGUAAUCAGACUUAUAGUAGCUGCUCUGCGAGGAACUGGAAUGGAGGUAUCUUUUAUAGGACUCCAGAAGAGGACGAAGUCAAUCUACGUAUGCUGAGAUUUCUGCAGCCUGCGAUCAAAAAACUCCACGAGAUGGGUUAUUUUGGUUACGUUUGUUUUGACGUUAUGGAAACACGAAACGGGGAGCUAUUCCUGAUCGAUAUAAACCCAAGGGUCUCGGGAUCGAAUCCCCACAUGUCGAUGAUGGAUGGUAUGGCAGAAAAGGGAUUCCCCGUUUCGAUGUAUACUGAAUCAAACGAUUUGACAAUCACUGUCGAAGAGUUAAUAUCUCGAGCAAACUGCCUAAACAAGAAUAAUGAUGAUGCCGUAAUAAUUAUUAUUGCGGCACAAGCUACUGAGAGCGGCACCUUGAAAACUGCGAUUUCAACAUUUGCAACUAAGAAAGAUCAACUACUAGAAGCCAAAGAAAAUGCAUUUAAUUUCUUCCAGGCGUAUUGGGACAUAUCUGCUUAA